AUACCAGCUUCAUCAGAUGAAUGGCAAUAUGCUGUAGCUCUCUUCCUUGAGGACUGGGCUGGCCAGCUUUCUGCAGAAUAGUCCCAGCGCCACAGGCAAAGUCAGGUGAGUUUGUUGACCUUUUCUGAAAAUAAGUGGUGUACACCCAAGUGAGGCUGUGUCUGGGGAGUUCUGGGGAGCCUUUUACAUAGUGCUUGGUCACAGCGGUACUUGAGGCUCACCAACCUGGAACACAAGAUGGAUGCAGAGAAAAUCAGUGGCCGAUGGUCCUUGCCAAGACUCCAGCUGCCGGGGACUUGGUCCAGUUUGCCUCUGUGCAGCUUGCUGGCCAUGAGAAGACAUUCUUUGCUGUCUGUGCUUUCACCAUCCGGACAUGUCAGUGAGUGAUGGCUGAGGGUUUUCACGCAAACGCUGUGCCUGCAUUGCCAACUCUACUUGGGUGUCAGCUGAGAGUCCCCACAUGGGCAUGAAGCAAAAUUAUGUUUGAGUUCACUUCUUACACAUACAUAGGAUGGAAUAACAGAAGAGAAUUCAAGAUUUGAUGAUCCUCCAUUCCUGCUCAGCUGGCAACAAGAAGGAAGUUCUGAUGGUGGCCAUCCUGGCUCAGGAAAACUGAUGGUUUGGUGAGGGAAAAUGCAUACAAAUCAUAGAAGUGGUUUUAAGAGCAAAACAUAACCCUGGAAAGGGUGGUGACAAAAAGAACGGAAAGUUCUAUGUCUUUCUGUCCUGAUGAGAAUGCCUUGGGUUCUUGGCUGAUCUACUAGUUUUAGACCAAGAAGUGUUUAGUCUCAUAUAUAUAUGUUUUUAAGUCUCAACUCAAAAAUCAUACACUUAAAAAUUAAUUUUACUACUUUUGCCCACUGAAUUUGCAAUAUGUAUUUAUAAUAGAAAAUUAAGAAAAUUUUUAAUUCAAAAGGAAGAAACAAUAUGAGGACCUAUAUAUAAAAUUAUCAUUCCUUGGUGGCCACAGUUGAUGUUUAGUCUCUACACAGUUCCUAUCCUUUUAUCGUAAACUUCAAAAAAUUAAAUCUGUAUUAUACAGAUAAAGACAUGCAGCUGCUUUUCAGUUAGAGGGUUUUGGUUUGUUUUUCUGCUAACUCUUGGUGCCUCAGAUGCUUCUGGAACUCAUAUGAUUCUCAUGAGCACAGAUGGAAGCCCCGGCCUCCACCUCAGCGCUUUCUAUAGGCAAACAUUGCGAACUGCUGGGUCCAUAAAGUAUUUCUAGAGAGCUGCAUAGGAUGUGAUGCGCGCCCUUUUGUCUCCAAGGUCAUAAUGGCUCUGCUGACUUUAAUUCCUUUCACUGGAGUUAGUGUGGACAACUCGAAAAUGCCAGAGAGAAUGAGAGCCCCCUACCCCAUGAUCCCAAAUGAAAAAGCAGGAGAACCCAGAAAUCCCCUCACGUGUUACCCCCAGCGGUUCCCUUUUGUGUUGUUCAUGCCAACACAGCAGCCAUCCUGCUGUAUAUAUAUCAGCUGCCACGCCUGUCUCCAUCACACUCAACACUGAUCACUUGCUGUCAACAACGAUGGGAAAGAUCACCUUCUACGAGGACCGCGGUUUCCAGGGCCGCUGCUAUGAGUGCAGCACAGACUGCCCCAACCUGCAGACCUACUUCAGCCGCUGCAACUCCAUUCGAGUGGACAGUGGCUGCUGGAUGCUCUAUGAGCGCCCCAACUACCAGGGCCACCAGUACUUCCUGAGGCGUGGGGACUACCCUGACUACCAGCAGUGGAUGGGCCUCAGCGACUCCGUCUGCUCCUGCCGCUCCCUUCCUUAUACCAGCUCUCACAGGAUAAGGCUGUACGAGAGAGAUGACUACCGGGGCCUUGUGUCUGAGCUCACAGAAGACUGCUCCUGCAUUCACGAUCGUUUCCGCCUCAGUGAGAUCUACUCUCUGCAUGUGCUGGAGGGCUGCUGGAUCCUCUAUGAGAUGCCCAACUACCGAGGCCGGCAGUACCUGCUCAGACCCGGAGACUACAGGCGCUACCAUGACUGGGGCGCCAUGGAUGCCAAAGUCGGCUCUCUGAGACGGGUCAUGGAUUUGUACUAAACCUCAUUUUGCUUGUUACAAUCCACACACAUGCAAUAAAUAUAUAACUUGUGUCCAUGGCAC